UGGCCGGAGAGGGGGACGCCCACCCCAGCAGAUGAACUCACGUGGUAUGGAGAAGACCUGGGUGCUGAGAGCCAUGGCGCACAGGAGGACGGCGAGGGCAACCCCGGAGACCUUCAUGGUGCCGAGCAGGUGACGAGUCUGGCCACUGCCUUUGGUGUACCACUUCCCCCAUGAGGUACAGCCCACUUCUCCCCUCCGCCUCCCUCCUCUUCCUCCGUGAUGACACCUCGCUGGUGGCAAGAAGCUGCAAGGAGCUCCUCACUCUCGGCUAGUUCCAGUUUCCUCAUUGGCACCAUGACAUCACGUCUGCCGUGGAAAUUCCACUCAUCCUCCCAUGCCACCAUCGCAGUUCUUGGCCUCAGAGUUCCUAUAAAGAGGGACUCCCGCCUCGGUAGCAGCACAGAACGCGGCCAGGUUCUGAAGCUCCUGGGCUCUGCAGCCUCUGCCCUGAGAAAGGCCCUCCUCCAGCCAGACCAUGAAGCUCGGCGUGACCGUCCUCUCUGUCGCCCUGCUGGUGGCCGCCCUCUGCCCUCCCGCACUCUCUGCACCAAUGGGCUCGGACCCCCCCACCGCCUGCUGCUUCUCGUACACCCUGCGGCAGCUUCCUCGUCACUUCGUGAUAGAUUACUUCGAGACCAGCAGCCUCUGCUCCCAGCCAGCUGUGGUAUUCCAGACCAAAAAGGGCAGGCAAGUCUGUGCCAACCCUAGCGAGUCCUGGGUCCAGGAGUACGUGGAUGACUUGGAACUGAACUGAGCCGCUCCAGGCUGGAAGUCUUCAGGGCAGCGCACCUGAGCCAGGACGCUUCUCAGUGAGACGCACCUGCUCCCUGUUCAUGGCUCCUCUCGGGAGUCCCCGGCCCGCCUCUUAAUUUAAUCUAUAUUAUGUGCUGUACUAUGGUAUUUGGUGGUCUUCCACUAGCUACGUCUGUUUUGUCAAAGGACAUGUGUCCCCUAUGGGGAUGGUCCACCACUGUUUCUCUGCUGUUGCGGAUCCAUGGAAAAGUUGAUUCUAUGUAUUCUCAUAAUAAAACUUGAAAACAUGGACACA